GCGUUGUUGGUUUCGGGUUGUCAGGCAGCAGCAGCGCAGGCGAGGCUGCGACGAGUGACCAGACGAGACCUGGCGGCCGUGGGAGUGCGGCUCGGCCAUGCCCGACGUCGUGGCCUGAGCCCCUCCACCUGCCGCAAGUAUGAAGGACAGCGGGGACUCCAAGGACCAGCAACUCAUGGUGGCGCUCCGGAUCCGGCCCAUCAGCGUGGCAGAGCUGGAGGAAGGAGCCACCCUCAUCGCCCAUAAAGUGGAUGAGCAGAUGGUGGUUCUCAUGGACCCAAUGGAGGACCCUGACGACAUCCUGCGGGCACAUCGCUCCCGGGAAAAGUCCUACCUGUUUGAUGUGGCCUUUGACUUCACUGCCACCCAGGAGAUGGUGUAUCAGGCCACCACCAAGAGCCUCAUUGAAGGUGUCAUCUCGGGCUACAAUGCUACUGUCUUUGCCUAUGGCCCCACAGGCUGCGGGAAAACCUACACCAUGCUGGGCACAGACCACGAGCCCGGCAUCUACGUUCGGACCCUCAAUGACCUCUUCCAUGCCAUUGAGGAGACCAGCAAUGACAUGGAAUAUGAGGUGUCCAUGUCCUACCUGGAGAUCUACAACGAGAUGAUCCGGGACCUGCUGAACCCCGCCCUAGGGUACCUGGAGCUGAGGGAGGAUGCCAAAGGGGUGAUCCAGGUGGCAGGAAUUACCGAGGUCUCCACCAUCAAUGCCAAAGAGAUCAUGCAGCUGCUGAUGAAGGGAAACCGGCAGAGGACCCAGGAGCCCACGGCCGCCAACCAGACGUCCUCCCGCUCCCACGCCGUGCUGCAGGUGGCCGUGCGCCAGCGCAGCCGGGUCAAGAACAUCUUGCAGGAGGUGCGGCAGGGCCGCCUGUUCAUGAUAGACCUGGCCGGCUCUGAGCGCGCCUCCCAGACACAGAACCGUGGGCAGCGCAUGAAGGAGGGGGCCCACAUCAACCGCUCCCUGCUGGCCCUGGGCAACUGCAUCAACGCGCUCAGCGACAAGGGCAGCAACAAGUACAUCAACUACCGCGACAGCAAGCUCACCCGGCUUCUGAAGGACUCCCUGGGAGGGAACAGCCGCACCGUGAUGAUCGCCCACAUCAGUCCGGCGAGCACCGCCUUCGAGGAAUCCCGGAACACCCUGACCUACGCUGGCCGGGCCAAGAACAUUAAGACUAGGGUGAAGCAGAACCUGCUCAGCGUCUCCUACCACAUCGCCCAGUACACCAGCAUCAUCGCUGACCUGCGGGGCGAGAUCCAGCGGCUCAAGUGCAAGAUCGAGGAGCAGGCAGGGCGGGGCCAGGCCCGGAGCCGGCUGGUGCGGGGUGACAUCCGCCACAUCCAAGCCGAGGUCCAGAUGCACAGCGGGCAGGGCGAGCAGGCCGAGAUGGGACAGCUUCGGGAGCAGCUCAUCGGCGCAUUUCAGGAGCAGAUGGACGUGCGGCGGCGCCUGCUGGAGCUGGAGAACCACUCCAUGGAGGUCCAGAUCGACACCUCCCGGCAUCUGCUCACCAUCGCCGGCUGGGAGCACGAGAAGUCCCGCCGGGCCCUCAAAUGGCGGGAGGAGCAGCGGAAGGAAUCCUACACCAAGGACGACAGCGAGAAGGACUCUGACACAGGCGAUGACCAGCCAGACAUCCUGGAGCCGCCCGAGGUGGCGGCAGCCCGGGAGAGCAUCGCAGCCCUGGCGGGCGAGCAGAAGAACCUGCGCAGGCAGAAGCUGGCGCUGGAGCAGCGCUGCCGGGAGCUGCGCGCGCGCGGCCGGCGCCUGGAGGAGACGCUGCCGCGGCGCAUUGGCUCCGAGGAGCAGCGCGAGGUGCUCAGCCUGCUGUGCCGCGUACACGAGCUCGAGGUGGAGAACACCGAGCUGCAGUCGCACGCGCUGCUUCGCGACGGUGCACUCCGCCACCGCCGGGAGGCCGUGCGCCGCCUGGAGCAGCACCGCAGCCUCUGCGACGAGAUCAUCCAGGGCCAGCGGCAGGUCAUCGACGACUACAACCUGGCUGUCCCCCAACACCUGGAGGAGCUCUACGAAGUGUACCUGCGGGAGCUGGAGGAGGGCAGCCUGGAGCGGGCCACCAUCAUGGACCGCGUGGCCUCCAGGGCCUUGCAGGACAGCUCUUUGCCCAAGAUUACCCCAGCAGGAACCGCACUGACCCCAGAUUCUGACCCAGAGAGCGUGAAGACACUGAGCUCUGACACUCAGCACCCACAGAACAGCACCCUCCCCACCCUCGGCACGGAGAGUGAAGCCCACCGCGUGUUCAAGGCCAGUCCCAGAGCUUGGCAGAUGAAGAGCUCCUCUGUGCCCACCCCACCUCCCAUCCAGAUUGGCAGCCUGGUGAGCCAGGAGGCCCCCGCUCUGGACAGCCUGGGCAGCCGGAUCAACUCUUCCCCUGACAGCAGCGAGAAUCUGUCGGAGAUCCCCUUGUCCCACAAAGAGAGGAAGGAGAUCCUGACCGGCACCAAGUGCAUCUCAGUGAAGGCCGCCCGGCGGCGCUCUCGGGCCCUGGCCCCUGAGGGGCGCCACCUGCUGGUGCCCGCGACAGAGCGCAGCAGCCUGUCCCUGGGCUCGCUGAGUGAGGCUGAAGAUGUGCAGCCCCCAGGGCAGCUGGCCUGCAAGCGGCCACCCAGCCCCAUGCUGCAGCAUGCUGCCAGCGAGGACAACCUGUCCAGCAGCACGGGCGAGGCCCCACCCCUGGCGGCUGGGCAUCGCGGUGAUGGCCCUGGGCCCUGGCUGCGUGGCCUGAAGAAAAGCCCCGGCAAGAAGAGGGAGGAGUCGCUGGAGGCGAAGAGGAGGAAGCGGAGGUCCCGGUCCUUCGAGGUCACAGGGCAAGGGCUCUCCCGCCCCAAGACACACCUCCAGGGGCCCCGUCCUGCAGGGAGCAUCUCAGACCACAGGAUGCACCCAGCUCCCGGUACCCAGCAUCUGCGAAAGGUCACGCUGCCUUUGGCCAAAGUCAAACUCUCUCCAAGCCAGAACACGGGCUCUGGGGACCCCUCGCCCCUUGCUGUUCCCCCCAACCCAGCUGGCAUUUCCCGACGGGCUACUCGUGGGCCCCGCCUGCUCCAUGGCGCAAGCACCCAUGGCAGAGAUGGACGCUUCCGGCAUAACUGAGGGGCUCUGCGUGGAACUGGCUCUCCUGCCACCCAAGACUGAAUGGGGUGUAGCAGGCCAUUGGAGGCGGAGGCUGGACAGGUGGCGAUGACCAGGGAGCAGAAGCUCAGGAUCUUGGCAGGCCGGGGCUCCUGAACCCAGGGAUUGCAGGGGUGUCUGCCCAACCUGUCCACGCUUUCAGUGCCACUGGGGAAGGGAGGUGAGGCCAGGAGGCAUGUCCAGAAUGCCUGGGCUCCCUGGCCUCCCAGCCCUGGACAGACCGCUGUUGCCAAAACCCUACGCAGACCUGUGGCCAGUCUCGGCCUUGGAAAUGGGGGAGAGGAACUGUUAUGGAGAUGGGGUACCUGGCCCACCUCUGGGGCGAGGGCAUCCUGGAUGGGUGGGCAGGGGCCGACGGGCAUUUCUCAUAUUAUGAUCGGGGGUAGGGGGAGGGAAUCUGUUUUGUUACUUGGCAGUGGCUCCCCCCCCUUCCUUUUUAACAGUAAAAUCCCAUUUGGGUCUUGA